CAGCAUAUACCCCAUUGCAUACAAAUGCCUUCCUUUUUUUUCUCUGUCCUACUUCUCUUGCAACUUUUCAUUUAUUCCUAUCCUCAUUAGACUUUUCACUUCUGCUUUACUAACCCUUAUUUGCAUUUCUACAUUUUGUUUUGUUAACGCCCUUUUUGCUAAUCUGUCAGCCAGUUUAUUUCCCUUUAUCCUAUCAUGACCUGGAUCCCAAAUAAACUUCACCUCCUUUCCCUGACUUGUUAUUUUUGUUAUACACUGGAGUUCUCCAUACAAAAUAUCUUGUCUAAUUGAAGAAAAUGAACUUAAACUUUAGAAAGCUGGUGUGGAGUCUAAAACUCGAAAUGACGAGACAGAGCACAUUUAUACAAGAGGGACUAGUCCACAAUAAACAAGAAGGGGGAGACAAAAACAGACAAUUAAUAACAACAAUAAACUAAGCCAAAUAUCUAAUUAUUUUUCUGAAUAAUAGUUAAAUAAAUUCUAAACAAAGCAAAACUACGUAUAAAUCUGAAGAAACAAACACUGCAAAUCAUUAAUGAAAUGAAACUAAACAUCAGCUCUCCCUCUAAGCCAUUAAGCCAAUGGUGUCGGCAGGCGGAACCAAAAGACGGCACUUGGCUACAGCCUGCAUGUCUGCCCUUUAGUAUGUCAGACCACACCCGGAAUCUCUGCCACUCCUUAUCAGCACUGCAGCAUGGUAACUUUAAUGCAAAGGAAUCUAAAUUAACAAAACAUACAGAAAAAUAACUAAUUUUGUGUGCACCCAAAAUAAUGAUAAAUGUACUGUGAAUAAUAAAUAAAGUAAGAAACAGAAACAGUGAAUGUGUCUUAUUUAUUCAGGAAAUAUUCAAGGAAACUAUUAAGGAAACUAAAUGUAACAACUCCAUUUAACUAAACCAAUAAAUAAUCUUAAAUGUAUGCAUGUGUGCGUGCAUGUCUUACUCUUAAUCUGUGGCCACUAUACUGGCCAUCACAGGCUAGCACCAAAAAAUACAGAUACUGGUUGUAGACAAAGUGCAGCCAGUUUUGGGCUUAAAAACAUGCGAGCGACUGGACUUAGAAAAGAAAGUCUUUAUGGCUAAUCUGCAAAAUGACACAGACGAUGAUACACUUCUUAACCAAUAUGAAGACAUUUUUGAGGGCUUGGGAUGCCUUCUAGGGGAACAUAAAAUAAACAUUCACCCCCAAGUGGCAUCCAUCAUUCAUGCCUGUCGAAAGGUUCCCUUUGCAUUAAGAGGAAAGCUUAAGGAAGAACUUACCCAUAUGGAAAAAUUAGGAGUGAUAGCUAAAACCGAAAAGCCAACAGAUUGGGUUAGCUUGUUACAUAUAGUAGAAAAGAAAAAUGGCCAGCUCCGAAUCUGUCUGGAUCCAAGAGAUCUACACAAAGCUAUCAAAAGAGAGCACUUCAAGUUACUUAUUAGAGAGGAAAUCAUGUCACAAUUUGCAUUGGCAAAAUGGUUUAGCAAGUUGGACAUUUCUACAGGAUUCUGGCAAAUGAAGCUGGAUAAGGCAUCAUCAAGGCUCUGCACCUUCAACACCCCUGAGGGCAGAUACAGAUCUCUCAGGUUACCGUAUGGCAUACUUUCAGCACCAGAGGUGUAUCACAAAACCAUAAGAUUGAUCUAUGAACACAUUCAAGGUGUGGAAACAAUGAUGGAUGACAUCAUAAUCUAUGGCGCAACUAAAGAGGAGUACGAUGCCAGACUUAGGGUAGUGCUUGAAGUCACUCGAAAAGUCAAUUUGAAGCUCAACAAAGAUAAAUGCGAAUUUGGAGUGAAAUCCCUAACCCUUCUGGGAGAACUCAUCUCAGAGGAGGGUGUAAGGCCUGAUCCAAAGAAAACAUCCGCAUUAGAAAACAUGGAGCAGCUACAGAACAAAGAUGAUGACGCUUUCUAGGUAUGGUUACGUACCUGGGGAAAUUCAUUCCACAGCUUUCUGCAGCCUGCACCACUCCGCAGUUUCAUUCA